CAUUUGACGAAACGGGCAAACGGAUCCCCGAAGGAAAGUACACGGUCAAAUCCAAACGCAAAACCAAAAUUACGAGAGUUUCAGAUUUAUCGAACGCGAGAGAGAAAAUUGGGGAGAGAGAUAGGAGAGAGGCGAAAAUUCAAAUCUGUCCCCUUUUUCAUUGUCGAAUCCGCAAAACCUAAUUGUUAUCCUCCGCUAAUUGGGGAUUAGCGGGGCAGAGAGUUCGCAGGUGUUUGAAUCGAUUCCUACCUAUCUCCAAUCGAGGGUCACGCUUUGGAUUGGAUUUGGAUUUCGGUUCAAAGUUUGCUCUUUUAUCUCUUUGUUCCGGGGCUAAUCAGAUAUGCAGGACCAGCUCGUAUGCCAUGGGUGUAGAAGCAUUUUGCUCUAUCCUAGAGGAGCAACAAAUGUAUGUUGCGCCUUAUGUAGCAUGAUCAACAUUGUUCCUCCUCCUCCUCCUGUCCGCGCAGGGGUGGACAUGGCUCACAUUAUUUGUGGUGGUUGCCGGACAAUGCUUAUGUAUUCACGAGGGGCAAAUAGCGUAAGAUGUUCUUGCUGCCAGACUUUGAACCUUGUACCAGCACACACCAAUCAGGUGGCACAUAUCAACUGUGGGCAUUGUCGGACAACACUCAUGUAUCCUUAUGGAGCAUCAUCUGUUAAAUGUGCAAUCUGCCAAUACGUUACAAACGUUAAUAUGGGCAAUGCAAGGCCACAUAUCCCUGCAAACCGGCCAAAUGGAACAGCUACUCCCGGGACAAUGCCCUCUACAUCCACUACACAAACUGUUGUCGUGGAGAACCCCAUGUCUGUUGAUGAAAGUGGGAAAUUGGUAAGCAAUGUUGUGGUUGGAGUCACGACCGAUAAAAAAUAACCAGGGGCAGUUUUUGGAGAUCCAUUCUCAUCUAUUUCUGCGGUUGGUUUGUGCAUAUUACAUACAAUCAGAACUGUCUGUUGAUAUAUAUAUAUAUAUAUAUAAUGUAUGUAUGUAUGACUUUGGGGUUCCUUUUUAACCCGGAGGCUUUUGCAUAAUGUGGAAUUUGUGGGUUUCAUGAGAAAGGGUUUUGUUCCUUCUGUUUUUUUCUUCUCUCUUUUCUUUCACCGCAUGGAAGUGUGAUCUUCUUUGUGUUGCAGACUCUUGAAAGUCCAUUGUAUUCCGACAUUCAUAAGACAAUAUGAUGGUAUGUAUAAUACUAAUAUAUACUCCUCUUAGUUA